UCUCUGCUACCAAUUCUCUUCCAUACUUCUAUAAUGAAAGAGAUGACUCUCCCACUCUCAGUGAGAAGAAGAAACUGUAACCUUGACCUCCGGCUUCCUCCGGCCGGAAUUGAUUUUCUUGCGGCCACGACCGGUUCCGGCGAUGCCCCCAUAACUGAGAGAUCAGACGUGGAGACCCCACAACAACUCACCAUUUUCUACAAUGGGCGCAUUUGUGUCUGUGAUGUUACAGAGCUUCAGGCUAGAACAAUUAUAUGUUUGGCAAGAAGAGAGAUGGAAGAAAGGAUGAACACGCCGCGAUCGGCGGAGCCGGUCUCACCAUUGCAGUCCCAGCUUCAGAGUCCGGCGGGUCUGUCAAUGAAGAGAUCACUGCAACAAUUCUUGCAGAAAAGAAAGAAUAGGAUGCAAGCUACUUCCCCUUACAAGCAGCAAUGAUUAUGAUGA